AUGCGCCAAUCUCUCCGCCGGUCUUGUGCUGCGUGUGCCAGGUCUAAGUCCAGCUGCGAUCUCCGCACACCUCGCUGUUCCCGCUGCGUCAAGCGUCAGGUCGAAUGCGCCUAUGCAAACGAACCAUCGACGGGGCCGGCAACUUCCGGAUGGCAGAAAGAGGAAUCAGCAAGCCCUCCGAGUGGAGCCAGUGCUUUAACUAACUACAGAUUCGGGUCUCUUGAUCCAUUUGACUCGUAUCCACAGACUAGACUUCCUCGGGAACGCGUUCAACGUCUGAUCUACAGCUUCCUCCACAAAAUCGCCUUCCAAUACUACCCUCUUGAUCUUAGUGCCACUUCAAAUCCAUUUCUGAUCUCUUGGUGGCCACUAGCCCUAGGGGAUCCCGCAUUAUUUCACGUUUCUCUACAGACAGCAUGUCUCGACGAAGAGUUGUUGGCCCAGAAAGGCUUUCAGACCUCCGAAAUUCUUAUGGCAGAUUCGGUGGCUUUACUGCGACGCAAGGUUGAAUACAUGUCAUUAGCCGUUCAAGAUGGGACAAUGAACUCAGUCAUCACAUUGGCAACCAUCGAGUUCGGCAAAGGAAAUAUAAAAGUCGGCGAAAUGCAUGUCAAUGGGUUAAAAAAGCUGGUCGAUAUGAGAGGCGGCAUCAACGCAGUAAGGCAGACAAGCCCGCUUACCGCGAGAAUGGUCAGCUGGGUAUCAAUGCUCAUAAUGGGUCAUCCUCAAUUUCAGACCCAAGAUGACUUCGGCAUUGGAGAUGGCAUCCCUCCUAUCCCUGAAUGGCAGUUCGACUCGCAUUCGCUUGAAGAUCAACUGUUUGAUAUUAAUACCAUCGAAGUGGACUACGACGUUAAGAAUGUCUUCACUCGUUUACGUAGUAUCUUCCAGCGAGCAUGCAAUAUACCCUUCCCAUCCACACAACUUCACGACCUCACCUGUUUCGUCAUACACCGACUCCUACUCUCCGCUCCAAAUACAACAAUACCUUCGCUCUCACCGAUGACGGAAUCAAUCCGCUGCGGAAUCAUUCUCUACAUGUUUAUCGCCCAGGGACCAACAUACUACUCGCAUGCAGUCAUACUGAACACGAUUGUCAUUCGAUUUAUGGAGCACCUCGAGCAUCUCGCAUCAGCGCCUCGUGUGUAUGAUUCACUUGAUGUCUGGUUUGCUGCGGUUGGAAUGGUGGCUUCAGCUGGCACGGCUCAUCACCAGUGGUUUGUGCGGAGGACAGGAGACAUAGCUGCUGUUCUACAAUUGGGCAACUUUAGUGACAUCCUCGUCCACAUCAAAACUGUUUUGUGGUUAGAGAAACCACAAAGUGAAGACCUCUUUCGAUCGUAUUGGGAUACUAUCUUCACUCCAUCAGACCAAUCGGUGCUAUCAGACCUCUCAAUGUCGGUCUCGCCAUACAGCAGUAGUGUGGAAUUUAUAUGA